GCCGUCUUGCCGGACAUUUCUUUCUCCACCUCGGAGAUGACUACCGAGGCAUCAUAACGUGCACUGUCACCUCCCCCAGUCUCUGAUUUCACAGCCUGUCUAUCGAACUACCAAGCACCAGAAUGACAGCUAGGUUCGCCAUCAAGUCCCUCGACCACCUGGUGCUGACGGUGCGGUCCAUCCCCACGACGGUGGCCUUCUACACCUCCCACCUCGGAAUGCGACACGAGAUCUUCACCUCUCCAAGCAGUCCGGAGGUCCAACGUCAUUCCCUCAUCUUCGGUUCGCAGAAAAUCAACCUUCAUGAACGCGGCAAGGAAUUCGAGCCCAAGGCCCAGAAUGUGAUGUCGGGCAGUGCGGACCUCUGCUUCUUGACUGAUACCAAAGUCAGUGAUGUGAAGAAGGCUCUCGAGGACGCUCGCAUUGAGGUUCUCGAGGGGGGUGAGAUUGUUCAGCGCACCGGGGCUCGAGGCAAGAUUCACAGUGUGUAUUGUCGCGACCCGGACGGCAAUCUGAUUGAGAUCUCCAAUUAUGUGUAGUAAAAUCGUCACCCCGUGGAGUUUAUUAGUGGUGCCCGUUGUCGACAGAGCGUGGAUCGGUUUUGGAUGCAGGAGGACGGUGACAACGACUUGAUUGAGCCUAUAUACCUGGGUGAGCAAAUAAUGGAGACACUUAAAUUCAG